AUGAAUAUGGCUUUCUUUAUGACAAUGCCUAGCGUGGUAGUUCUUGUUCUACUUCUCAUUUUGUCACCACCAUUGUUGUCUCACCAACCUAAAAAUUUUGCUGUAGCAGACUACAAGUUGAUGCAAAGUUUAUGCCACAAAUCUAACACGCCAGAAACUUGUAUGAGGUGUCUGAAAUCGUCUAAAGGUGCUGUCACAGCAGAUAGUGUUGGAAUAGCCACAGUCAUUGUCCGUUGCAUGAAGGUCAAGGCACGUACCUUGGCACAAAACAUCACAAAGUUGGAUUCCACAUCAGAUGCAAAUCUCAGGUCCAUUUCUAAGAGAUGUGGAAGAGACUAUGGCCACUACAUUGCCAGGAAAUACUUGACUGAGACCAAGCAUGCCCUGCAGAAUCACAAAUUUGACAAUGCUGAAUCUUUUGUCAUAGGAGCUCUACGUUUAAAUCGUGCAUGCCACAGGGAUCUGAAGGGUAAUUUCCAUGAAAAAGUGCCGAGUAAUGUUUUUAUUGAUAUGAAGGCAUAUGAGGAGCUUUCUGAAGCUGUUUCUAGAAUCAUUGAAAAGCUACACAAGGGUUGA